UUAUUCUCUGGGUUUGACAGGGGGGAUAAGUCAGACCACUGUGUUCAUAUUAUUAAAUCAGUUGUAGGCCUACAUAUGCAGUCUGAUAGAAAUGAUGUUUCUGUGGAACAAGUUAAGAGCAUCCUUAAAGAAUCCGAAUCCGAAGAAGGCCAAGGCAGCGGAGUUUAUCUGAUCUAAUCUAAUUAGGUAAGUCCAGGUAGCUGCACAGAAAAUGAAGGGAAGGGGCCCCAAAUAAAACUUCUGCUCAGGACCGGCCCUGGGUGUGGCUUACACAUAGUAGCGCAUCUCGUGUCCAAGACACCUGCAACAAUGCGUGCAACUCCCGGACGACACACAAAACUGUCCCGACAGCCUGCUGUGCAAGUGAGCGGCGACGCCGUGUCACUGCAGACUGCGACAGAGACACCAGAGAGCCACAGGAGACAUGGUGGACAGUCAGAACAUGUCCACUGGGAAGCUGGCUGCUAUUAUCGGGAUGGGAGUAGGCGCAAUGCUUAUCUUACUGGCCAGAGACCCGGUGGACUCAGUGGGCAACGGGUACCCGCUGUGGCGGGAAACCGGGCUGCUCGGUGUUCCAGCGCUGGCUGUGGUCUCCAUCAUUGUCGGAGUUUCCCUCCUCGCCAUGGACUGGCUGUACAGGCUUCUCUUCUGUCCCCUGGAGCUCCUAAGGGCGCCCGAUGAUGUGGGAUACAUCGCCGAAGACGGUCGCUCCAGAGCUCAGGCGGCAAACGAGGUCCGCCGCAGGAGGAAAACCGGAGAGCUGCCUCCGGUCUAUCCGAACGGCUGGUACCGAGUGCUGGACUCACGCAUGCUGGAGAGGGGCGAGGUCAAAAAUGUCUCUGUUCUAGGUGAGCAGGUGGCAGUGUUUCGUGGCCAGGAUGGGAAGGCCUACGUGGUGGAUGCCUACUGUCCACACCUGGGUGCAAACCUGGCUGUGGGAGGACGGGUGGUGGAAAGCUGCAUAGAGUGCCCAUUUCAUGGAUGGCAGUUUCGGGGGAACGAUGGCAAGUGUGUGAGGAUCCCCUAUGCAGAAAAAGUGCCAGAGUUUGCCAUGGUGCGCUGCUGGCCCAGCUGUGAGGUCAACGGCCUGAUACUGGUUUGGUUUCACUGUGAUGGAGAAGAUCCUCAGUGGACCGUCCCAGAGCAGCAGGAAAUUACAAAGGGCGAGUGGGUCUAUCGGGGGAGAACUGAACAUUUUAUCAACGCUCACAUAGAGGAGAUUCCUGAAAAUGCAGCAGACAUCGCUCACCUCGCUCACCUGCACACACCGGGCAUUGUCAGCGGAGCAGAUCUGCGUUACACCAACAGCAAAAGCUGGGAAUUUCUGCGGCAUGACUGGAAGGUUGAAUGGGAACCAGAGUCAGAGCCCAACAAGCAUUGUUCUCAGAUGUUGGUGAAGCAUGCGCUUACUGUGUUUGGACACCGCUGGGCUCUGCUGGAUGUUCAUGUUGUGGCCAGACAGGUGGGCCCAGGAGUGGUGUUUCUGCUGUUUGACCACAGUUUCUUGGGCCGGGGUGUUAUAAUGCACUGUGUGACUCCAGUGGAGCCUCUGUUGCAGUGUGUCUCUCACACCAUCUUCUAUCAAUCUAAUGUCCUACCUCUGGUGCCCAAAUUCAUCCUCAGAGCAGAGUGCAUUCAGUUUGAGCGGGACGUGAUGAUCUGGAACAAUAAGAAGUACAUCUCCAAGCCUCUCCUCGUGAAGGAAGAUUCAGCCAUCCAGAAGCACAGGCGCUGGUUCAGUCAGUUCUACAGCAAGAACAGCCCACGGCUGCAAUACCAGCGCAACACUUUAGACUUCUGACCUCCCUGAACUACAGGAGGAGAGAUCAGCAGAGAAGAAGAUGUCAGGUCAGGGCUGACGUUAAUCAGAGGUCUCAGAGGAAGGAGUCCAGGAUUGACUUUCACAUAGGAGAGGAGACCUGACUUGCUAGUGGGAUGGGGCUGGGCGCUCUUUUGAAAGCCUGAACUUUACGUUAAACCUUAUAACCUCCUUUUCUUAGACAUAUUUAAGUGGAUGAUAUGACUAUAUAUGAUUAUAUACGCAAGUGCCUACAGCUGUCACGUCGGCUGGUUGCACUGGUAUAACUAACCGAGUGGAUUCAGCCCCGAAAUUUGGGGAUUUUGAUGAACCAGUGCUAAUAUUCAAAGCAAGCAAUACUAAGAACCACAAUUGCCUCAUUGUGACGUCGACCAUUAGAUUGUCAGAGCCGUUUUACUCUGCAAAAUGUGAAUAAUUGCAUAUACUGUGAUUCAUAUAUCCAGCAACAGUCUUGUGCUUGAGUAACUAUUUAAGCCGAUUUUUUUCCCCCUGUUUUUCUGUUGUCAUGGGUUACUAUAAACCGCCUACCUCUAGUUUGAGUUCAGUGGAAAGGCUUCUUCUUCUGCAGUGUCUCACAAUACUGUGAUCUGGUAUCAGUUUCUUCUCACUUUGGCUUCAUCUACGUUUGAAAAUAAUAAGUCUGGCCUUCCAAACUGUACGUUUAAAUCUUUAAUGUGUAAUCAAACUGGGCGAUGCCUCAACAGCAGGUAAAAUGGCAGGUGUGUUUGUUUUCUGAUUGAUAUCUCAGGUUACUUAACAGCCAGCUGAUAGGGAUUUUCUAGUCACAGCACUGUGCAAUGACAAUUUAAAGGACCACUUCACCAAUUCUUUUAGGCUUAUCUCUGGGACUGACAUGACUUUUAGGUAGUAUCAUUACACUGUCUCUAGCUUGUAGAGAAGCUAUGCCCACAUCUAAAUUCCUCUGAAAAACUUUGACACCAAGAUAACUUAGACUUUGGAUUAAGCAGCACGGAUGGAUAAACUGUUCUUUGUGAAGAAAUAAACAGCAUGCAACUCCUAAAUUCCCAAUUUUUUAAUUUAAUAAAAUAAUAAAAUAGAUUGUGUAUAGAUUCAACAAAAACAAAAUACAACAUGAUCACGAGUAGGCUUUACAAAGCCAGGCUAGCUGUUUCCCCCUGCUUCCAGUCUUUAUGCUAAGCUAGGCUAACUAUGUCCUGACUCUACUGUACUAGCUCUGUAAACCUGCAAUAACUGGCAAAAAGUUGUGAACACUGACACUACUAUCACCAUCUAAGUUUAUAUGGCAAAUUUGUUGGCAAACAGUUGCUAUGUACACAUCCAGCAGUUACAGAGCAACAUUAAAAGUGUUUCUGGCAUACAGUUUCACCGAAAACAGCUGCCUGCUGAGAGCGAUGAGAGUGAACCUAAAACAAGCAAGUUGCGGGCUGGAAAACGAAAAUUCUCUGUGGCUUCAUCACUUCGAGCGACCCCUUUCACAUGCAAGUAGUCAUCCAUUGAUAUUAUAAAAAUACUGUUCUUCUAAUCUCACUCUCAUAAAGAAAGGCAAAUAAGCAUAUUUCCCAAAAAUGUUUAACAUUAUUCCUUUAACAAACAUAAUUGUGCAUACGGUUAUCCUGAGCCCAGGAUGAAAACUAAGGGGGACAGAGCUUUUGCCACUGUGGCCCAGAGGCUCUGGAACAACUUGCCCAAAGAAAUCAGGUUAUCUGAGUCAGUGUCUUCUUUUAAGUCUCUUCUUAAAACGCAUUUUUAUCGGAAAGCAAGAAAUUAUAGCAUACAAGAAAAUUACUGACCCAAAUUGAAUAGCAUUAAAGCAUUAAAUCCCUGGAGAGGGAUUCGUGUCAGUAUGCACAUUAUUUUGUUUGUUUGUUUUGUAGGGUUACAUUCAAUUUUUACAGUUUGCAGCCUAUCUGGUCCAGACUGGUUAUAUGCUGUUAUUGUAUGUGUUUGUUUGUUUUGUUUUAUUCAAGACUACGCACUGAAAACUUUUAUUUAAAGUGUUGCUCUUGAUGCACUGUCAUAAAGUUGUGUUCCCAUUACUGCUCUAGCAUAUGUGCAUGUAAGACAGCCAUAUGCAGAUUAAAUAUUUCUUUUUCUUUAUUUACUCACAGUGCACAUUGUCGACUCAUUACUGACUUAAUCACCGAUGACUACAAUGCUAUGAGGCUUCAUUAAAUGCUACUGUGCCUGCUUGGAAAUGUGACAAAAGUAUAAAAGCAAUAAUCUUCAGUUGCCUAUGGUGAUGGCGCUGGUUAUGUGGGAUUGCUUGGCAUUACAUUUUAAUUUCCGUUAGAUUGUCAGAUGGUGAAAGAGAGAAGAUUAAUUUCAAAGCAAACGUUAAAAAGCACAACAUUUCUUAUGAACAACUCUGUUCCUUCUCAAUAUUAAAAAGUAUUUUCCUAGCUGGCUAAUCUACAGAUGUAAUGUUUAUUUAAAUGUGCAGAAUAAAUCUGUCUGCUCGGCUCUAA